UUGAUGCUAUUGUAAAUUUAGUUUACGAUUAUAUUUAUACAUACUAUGUACAAAUUACAUAGAAAUUAGUGUUGGAAAAUAAUUGGAAAUGACAUAUAGGUACAGUAAGAGGGCUCUUAGAUCGAAUGAUAUACGAAUAAGUUGAGUAUAUCUGUAUGUAAUUACAAACAUACCAAUAAACUAAAUCAUUUAAAAAGUAUAAUUAGUUUCAUAUUUUGAUUAAUUAAUGUGAAAAUAUUUUAUUAUAUAAAAGCGAAAUCUUUUUAUCUUCUAAAUAAAUAAAGUAAAAUCCAUAAUACAGGAGUUUCUAAUAACGAUGUACGUCCAAAAGCGAAAGAAAGAGAGUUACUUUCAUAAUCAUAAUUAUAACCAAAAAAGACGUAAACAAUUCAAUUUGGAACCAGGUAUAAAAGGUUUCUUAUGCACAUGCAAUUUUUCUGAAAAAGAAUGUAUACGCGAUGCGUAUAAAUUACUUAAUGAAUUUGCUGAUGAAAUUUAUGGACCAGUUACCACAAAGGACUUCGAUAAUGAUAAUUCCAAAGAAAAAUCUGAGAAAGAUGAUUCUGUGAAUGAGACAAAGAACAUUGAUAACGAAGAUGAUAUUUCAGUUGCAUUAAACAAACAAAUUAAUGAAUUAAAAGCAGAAUAUUCAAAGACAAUAAAUGCCAGAAGAUUCCAGGUAGUUGAUACUGGUGUGAAGAAUGUAAUUUUUAUAAAAAGUACUUUGACAAAUCCAUUAGAAUUAGUUACUAAAAUUAUUAGUGAAUUGGAUAACACGAAACAGCAACGCACAAGAUUUUUAUUAAGAUUACUUCCAAUUGAAGUUAUCUGUAAAGCCAAUAUGAAUGACAUUAAAUCUAAAGCAGAUGUAAUGUUUGAAAAAUAUUUUGCACAGGAACCAAAAACAUUUAGUAUUGUAUUCAAUCGCCAUAGUAACAAUAAUAUACACAGAGAUGAAGUAAUUAAAGACUUAGCAGAAAUAAUAAACAAAAAGAAUCCUGGAAAUAAAGCAGAUUUGAAAAAUCCAGAACUUGCUGUAAUUGUUGAAAUGAUACGUGGUUUCUGUCUUAUGUCUAUUGCUCCAAAUUACUAUAAAUUUAAAAAAUAUAAUUUACUAGAAAUAUGUAACAUCAAAGAACCCACAAAUACUAUAAAACAGAAGGAAGAAAAUGCCUCCAUCGAGGAAAAGAAAGUGACAAACCCUGAUAAAACAAAUAUAACAGAAGACAAACAUUUAAUGACAGAAAUAAUUCAUGACAACGAAGAAUCAAAAAAUUAAAUACGUAAAUAAUGUUAAUACUACUUCAUAAAUCUAUUAUUAUCUUAUAUCUACUAAUAAAAAGGAAGUGCUACAUUGUA